AUGUCUACGCGCAUGUUGGUCAUUGCGUUUAGCUACCGCCCCAUACAUCGAUCCCACGACUGGUUCAACCACAACAACCCGGUGGCCAUUGCGUACUCAGCAAACCCUAAGAAACUGUCGCACGGACGUUUAAGGAACGGGCAGGCGUCGCAGAAAGAGAUCCGAUAUAAGUGCCGCCAGAUGAUUGAGCAUCAAACCUUCACAGGCAUGGUUGCCGUGCAACGCCAGGCUCGUGAAACCGUUGUCAAGGUGGUCUCCCACCUGGAUACCGAAAACAACGAUAUCCGAACCAAUCUCGUUGUUCUAUUCGCGAACUUCCUUCUACUGUGCGCGUAUGGGUUACUUACGAAUAUAUUGCCAACCUCGCCUCUGGCAGCUGGGAUUCGAUUUGUAUUCUUCUCUCAGCAGGACUCCGGGUCAAGUACAG